AUGCGUACAUUUCUGGAAAGUCGCCCAGAAAAGACUCUUGCAGAGCUGCAGAAAGAGGUUCUUUCGAAUAUAAUUUAUUACAUAGACACGAAGUACCAUGAAAUAUCACGGAGGAACCAAUUGGAUGAUCGAUUCUCUCAGGGGACACAGCAGGACUUAGAAGAGAUCCAGAAAGAAAUCGAUGAAAUUCACAGGAAAAUUGGAGAAACCCAAGAAGAAGUGAACUUACUCCAAGGAAAAGUGAAAGCCAGAAGGAUUGAUGCAACUGUGGAUUUAAACCUAUUGCUACAGAAGGUGGCAGAGAAUGCAUCUGAAUUGAAGCCACAGAAGACAAUCCGACAGACAUCCCCACAGAAGGAUACAAUCUAUUCUGUGAACUUCAUAAACACAGAGAUCACAGAGAUACCACAAGAUAAAAUAGAUCUUUUAGAUAAGAUAAAGCAUGCAUACAGAUAG